CUCACUGGUGAGCAUUUAUUCAAUUCAGCAGUGGGUUGCACCGUUCCCAUGGCAUUAACUGACUCAAUACCACAAGAUAAAGGCGAGCAUGAAGGAGACCUUCCAAUUCAGACUGUCGAAGAACUUCGAAAUAAGCUAUGAUAACAUAACUACGUUUAGAUUUUUUGAAAACGUCGUGGUGUCAAACAGAAAAUUGCGCCUUGUUUAUUCUUUAGAACAGAGAAUGUAAGGCGCGGUGACGGCCUUCACCUGCCAGCUGGUUUAUGGAGGAGGAGAUACGGCAUGUAGCUACCUGUUUUCACUUUCUGAUACGCGCUGUUAUGUUUUGCCGGUCUGUGGACUAAACAAACGACCCUUGUUGUCGGAUUCCCGUCAUAAUCUGCGGCGAGGAAUGUGAAGCUGGGGGAUUAACGGAGUUUAUUCUUUAAAUACAGAAACGUGCUAUAAUACAAUGCGGUCCGUGCGUUCCCGUUCCUGUCUUUUGUUAGAGAGAAAAGAGGUUUCCCAUCCUCCCAGCAGAAUUCCCCAUUAGCGUUAGAAACCUGCCAUCACAUCGCAGACUGAACAGUGUCCGCCUUCAAUGCUGCUAUGACUUCCUGGAAACGCUACAUUCUACGUUGCUUGGUCCUAACUGCUGUGAUUAAAACAUCUCAUUCCGCUGAUAACGAUUGUACUUCACCUUCCAUAAAAACCUGCAAUGAGUGCCUCUAUCGUGGACCUGAGUGUGGCUGGUGCUUUCAGGAGGGAUUUCUAGAUGGAGCCCAGAUAAGUGAAAGAUGUGACUUUGUUCCCAACCUGGUGCAAAAAGGCUGUGAGCUGGAAUUUAUUGAACAUCCUGCCGUUAGAGUGGAAGUGAAUGCCACUCUAUCCAGCACACAGGUGACGCCAAAAGAGAUCACAGUUCAGUUACGAGCAGGCAGUGAAACCAGCUUUGUUUUGGAAGUAAGACAGCUGGAACGGUACCCUGUGGACAUGUACUACUUGGUGGAUGUGUCAGCAUCGAUGCAGGAUAAUCUAGAUAGGCUGAAGACUGUGGGAAUCACCCUGUCAGAGAGGAUGAAGGAAUAUUCCAGUGACUUCCGAGUGGGCUUUGGUUCUUUUGUGGAUAAACCUGUCUCUCCGUACAUCAGCGUUCACCCUUCAAAAAUCAGAAAUCCCUGCAGUGACUAUGACACCCAGUGCCGCCCAGCACAUGGGUUCAUCCACGUUCUCCCAGUGACUGAAAACGUGACCGAGUUCACCCGUGUGAUCAAGCAACAGCGGAUAUCUGGGAACAUGGACACGCCUGAAGGGGGCUUUGAUGCCAUGCUACAAGCUGCCGUGUGCCAGAGGGAGAUUGGCUGGCGCCCAGAAGCAAAGCAUCUCCUCUUGGUUAUGACGGACCAGCCCUCUCACCUGGCCUUGGACAGCAAACUGGCUGGCAUUGUAGUGCCCCACGAUGGUAGCUGCCACCUGGAGAACAACACCUACACACAGACAACCAUCAUGGAGCACCCCAGCAUUGGCCAGCUGGCUGAAAAGCUACUUGAAAACAGCAUUUAUUCCAUAUUUGCUGUGGAACAGGUGCAAUAUAAGUGGUAUGAGGAUCUCAUUCCCUUACUGCCAGGUACCUAUCUGGGAAAACUACUGCCUAAAGCAUCAAAUCUAAAAGAUUUAGUCGUGGAAGCAUACAAGAAGCUCCUUUCAGAUGUGGAGGUGGAGAUUGUGAUCCAGAACAAUCAGAUCCAUCGAUUUUGGGUCAACAUCACUGCCUUGUGUCCAGAAGGAUCCAGAACUCAGGGCCCAAGCAAAUGCUCCAAUGUCAGACCAAAUCAGAUUGUUUACUUCAACAUCACAAUCGGGAUGAAAACCUGUCUGAGCCUUGAGGGAGACGAAGAGGUGCUGGUCAUCGUCAGGCCUGUGGGAUUUAACGAGACGACUGCAGUGAGAGUGAGGCCCGUCUGUGGGUGUCGGUGCGGACAGCGGGCGAGCUGUCUGGAUGGGGAGGAGGGCUCGGCCUGCGACGACGCCGGUGACGGACCAGGACCAGUGCAGGACUGCCAGCCCGCGGGGGCGGGGCCCGAAUGCAGCGGCAGGGGGGCGUGCGUGUGCGGGAAAUGCUCGUGUGACCACAGUGGCCUGGGGACCAUCCAUGGCAAAUACUGCCAAAUUGAUAACUUCUCCUGUCCCUACAAGCAGGGCCUGUCCUGCGGAGGACGUGGUCAGUGUGUCCUGGGCGAGUGCCUGUGCGUGAGCGGCUGGACGGGUGAGAGCUGUGGCUGUCCUUUGUCCACUGAGACCUGCCUGUCAGAAGAUGGGAGGCUGUGCAGCGGUCAGGGCAGAUGCAUCUGCGGAAGGUGCCAGUGUGAUGACCCCAGGCGUUCUGGGCAGUUCUGUGAGAAGUGUCCAUUGUGCAAUGGCUCCUGUCAGUCACACUGGAGGUGUGUGCUAUGUCACCUGUCACAUGACUUUUCUGUCCUGGGAGCAACAGAGUGCAAUAGGACCUGUUCUUCUACAGUCCACUAUGUUGAUGGCAUUCUUGGCUCCAGCAGUGAUAGCUCCAAGCUUUGCCUCUACCCAGCUGAGAGGUGCAACUGCAGGUUCCAGAUUGGCUCUGUGCAGGGCGUCACAGAGAUCCUCAUCGGCAGGCACCCAGAGUGCCUUGCAAGCCAGCGGUACAUUACUACAUUCAUCUUGGUCUUUCUCCUCACGCUCCUCCUGGGUUUGAGCAUCAUAGCCCUGCUGAAGUUCCUGCUGAUUCCCCGAUCUCAGACGCCCACUGAGCCCACCGUGGCAGUGUUCCAUGUGACCAAUAAGGUGUACCCUUGAGUAUACUUCCUCACUGCAGCCAAAGACUAAUCGGAAAAGUCCUAUGUCCCUACUCCCAGUGAAAAGACUAUAACGUACAGAAGGGAACAGCCCCUGGAGAUGCACAUCCAUGUUCACAAGAUGCCCCUGAAUCCAGUUUGGCAGUGAGUCUCAGAGGACAAUGAGUCCAACCAAACCACACUCCUCCUGUGAUUUUGAUUGUGCAAUAAAGCCUGUGGUUAAAAUCUGCUCCAUGAACACGACAGACUGACCAUCAGGUUUGUCUAUAGGCAGAGAAGGCACCUCUUCUGCUAUACAGCGAUGAUGACGUGCAACUGGGAUAGGCAAGAUAAGUUAACCAUCACUGGUGGGCAAAUGGCCAGAUAUGUUUAUAGAACUGCACUUUCAUAUUCAUUUAGCAUGCACCACAGGAACUGAAGCAGUCACACUUUGAAUGAUCUAUAUAAGUUCUAUCAAUUUCAUACAUAAGGUUUACUUUAUAUUUAAUAUGUAAGGUUUACUUUAUAUCUUACAAACACCAGUUUAGAGGCUCCCUGGUCCCUGGAGUGCCCUGGUCCUUCAGUAGGUGAUUUAUGCCUGGAAUAGUACACAAUUAAAAUUCUGAUCAACUUCUUAAAUAUAAUUUAAGUGAUGGAAAUAGGGGGAUAGUUUAUUUAUUUAUUAUUUAUUUUAUUCUUUUUUUUUUUUUGCUUUUUGAAGCCAUUUUAUAGUUUGUGUUUUUACUGUCUGCUUUAUUAGUGAAUUCCUUCAGCUGAGAUUUGAAGUGUUUUACUUUCAAAGCAAAACAGUAAAGCUCCUUUCAUUUAAAUCUAUUUAGUGUUCUUGGUAUCAUAUCCUACUUUCAAAUUGAGAAUUAAUUUUUUUUAAAUCUCAUAAAUGUUCCAAGAAGGGACAUUUGCCGUAUAUUAAUCUGUUGAAGUUCCUCCUAAAAUACUAAACUCAAGUGUCAGUCUUAUGUCGAAAUUACAUUUGUAAAAAUGAUCCGUAAAUGAUCAGUAAAUCCUACCAAAGCCUGCCAUCUAGUGACACGUGGUCAUGAUGAUUGGAUUCAAAAACAAAUGCGGUGUUUGAAAGCUUGGAGUCAUAUUCAGUCAUACUGAAAAUAUUACAGUGUUCCUAAGGUGUUCAUGAAACAUAUUUAGUACCAUUUUGAGUAUUGCACUUCUGGUCUAUUAGGCAUUCAUAGACAACUGCACUGAUUUACUGUGGCUUACAUGGUCAGGUUAGCAUAUUACAAAAAAGAUAUAAUCACAUGUAUACAACUGUGCCAUCACUGUCAGCUUUCAGGACACAUUUGUCUGUAACUGCUUUAUAAAGUGCCAAUGCCAUGCUCUAAUGUAAGGCCAAGUAAUAUAUACUUCAUUGUGAAGCAUGUUAUAAAGUCCGACUUGAAGUGUGACCUUAUCAAAAUGUUUGUUUUUUCACAUAUUCUAGUGAAUUUCUGAAAAUAAGUUAAUUGGACAAUUUAAAGACCAUGAACACUAAUCCAAAUAUGUGCAUCUUCCCUCUCAUUUUCAAAGAGCCAAACAGGUGUUAGCAAUAUCUGGGGUGAUUGUCAAUGUUUUCAAUUUCAAAUGAUGUCUUGUGCCAGUAUUUAAGAUGCAGAGUCCAAACAUAUUUGAUGACAACUUGCUUUGUUCACAGAAAUGUUGUGUUAUUUAGUGUAAAAAUCAAUGUUCUGUAUUUUCAGUAGGUUUAAUUGAAAAAUUGUUGUGAUCAUUUGUGCAUUACUACUGUUUUAGACCUAGAUAUUGUAAGACAGACAGUGGGGGUUGUCCGUUCUUAUAAUGUCCAACUUGAUGCCUACAUUUUUAGGCCGAUGAGUCCCCACCAGAGGGAGCUACACUGGAGUAAAUAGCCUAAUGGCCUGAGUCAUUAGGCUAUGACAGAGAUUUUCAAGUGGAUACUUCACUUUGGCCAGUAGGCACCUCCUUCAACAUUUUGUUGGACAAACCCUGAUUCUGUUAAUAAUAUUUGAGUGUGAGUGGUGCUGUCUCACUCAAGAGCAGGGGUGUCCACUCUUAUCCGAAAAGGGCUGGUGUGGGUGCAGAUUUUUUGUUGCCGGGCAUUAAUACACCCAGUACUACUUAUCAAGGUCUUGAUUGAAGACCAUGAUUGUAUAAUUAGUUGAAUCAGGUGUCGUUGUGCUGGGCUUAAACAAAAACCUGCACCCACACUGGCCCUUUUCAAAUAAGAUUGGACCAACUCUGCGAGUAUUGCUAUCUCCAAAGAUUUUUGCAUUUCAUAUAUUGAGAUCAUUGGAGUACUCACCCCCUAUGUUUGUCUUAUGAAAUAAAUGUUAACAUUUGUUUACAUUAGCUGCUUUGUUGUAACACUAAUAUAUGUAUUUAUUGAAAGGUUUUAUGUUAAUAAUAUUUUGAGUUCAGAUAUAUAUUAAUGUAUAUUUUUGAUUAUUUAAGUUUUUGGAUUGUAGACAUUUUAACUACCCAGAGCAUUUUCUAUUUGGCAUUCAUAUUUUACAAAAUGUGUUAUGUAUAUGUUUAUAUGUAGUUUGAAAUUGCAAUAGGUGAAACUGUCAAGCUUAGGGAAUUAUUGUAUUCAGGAGAAGAAAGGUACGAUUGUAAAACAUCAAAUGCACUUUUCGCUUGGCCUUAUUUUUCAUUUGUUACUUUCUGUAAAUGGUAUCUUAAGAUGUAAGAAUAUUAGAGUAUUCUUAAUAAAACAAAAUGGUACAAUACCGUAUCAAUUA